GUCAACCGUGCUCGGGACUCACUUUUUUCCGACCUGCUACCGUACACGGGUUCGCGUUGCUAUUAUUUUUAAAUAAAAAAUAUCUGAAACGUCCGUAGUGCGAAUAACAAUCCACAGGAUACCAGUUCAGUGACAUCCUCUACAACUUUUACGCGCAAGCGCUAGUAUUAUAACUUGCGUCAGGGGGGUGCGGUUGUUACCAUGGAUCCCAGUGUACUCGCCAACAUGGAUAAAGACGCACUGAAGAAACAGAUCGAAAACAUGAAGUAUCAAGCCACUAUGGAACGGUGGCCCCUGUCCAAAAGUAUUGCGGCAAUGCGAGAAUACGUUGAGGAGCACGAGAAAAGCGAUCCACUGAUCCACGCGCCUGACAAGAAGAACAACCCCUGGGCUGAAAAGGGAAAAUGUAUCAUCAUGUAAGCCUCGAGGCUACCACUUAUUUUAAGCAACAAUAACAAUAAACACCUACGACAAAAGCGAUUGCAAUUAACGAAUAAAUAAAGCGACUGCUAACUAAUAAUUCAAAAUAAAAAUAAAAAAUGGUUGAGAUGGAUCCUCAGGUUCAAGUCACCACUUAAUAUCCACGAGCUUAUUGAUUGCUCAUUAUAAAUAAAGCCAUCGUAAUUGUGGCUUUGACUUGGAUCUAUUCGUCUUUUUUAUUAUGAUAUUUAUAAAUAUAAUUAUAAAUUAAAAGUGACGAUUAGAAACUAAUUAAUUAUUACUAUUAAAUUAAAUUUAAUGAAAUGACAAAGGGACAAAACAAUACAAUCAUGGUUUGUUUUAAUUACUAUUUAUUUAUAAUUAUUUAUUGCUGAAAGACAUGUAUCAAAUACUUGUAUUGAAAUUUAUUUGACUUCGCCAAUCAUAGCUCUGAAGUCGUUAAUUAAUAGGAACAUAAAUCAAUCAGAGAUCAAUAUCACCUUCGAUUAAAUUAACCGUUAACUUUAUUUAUAAAAAUCUACUCCAUUAAAAUAUGAAUUCAAUAGUGAAAAAAAGAGGUUUAAAUAAUAAAUAAAAUAAUAAAAUUCAAAUGUCAAUC